UAGGUAUCAACUGCGGUGCGACUGAGUAAACGAAGAUGGAAGGCGGGAGAAGAGAGAAAGGAAGGGCAACAGAGGGACUCCUGAGAGCGCCGAGAAGCGGCAUAGUCGAGCGCGAGGGCCUGGUCCAGCGCUGAUGAAACAAGUUUUGUGUUCAAGAAGUGCAUAAUUUUUCAAAGAUUUUCUUUCUCGUCACGUUUUUCUCCGUAUUAACGCACGAAACAUUUUCUACAGGCAGUCGGAAGUUGAAAAUGCCUCAAAACUAUGUGUUGUAGCGGUCAAGAGAAGAGAUGAUGCAAAGUUUAUAUGCGAUUAUUAUUUCCGUCUAUGUGAUCUGCUUUUAACGAGCGUCUGAUUUGGUUGAGCGCUAAGAUAGGGGAACGAUGGGAACUAGAGCUGUUGCCGUUGCGGCGGCGGCAGGUGCUGCCGGGAUGUCUGGUGAGGCUGGAUUGGCUGGUGUACCAAGACUACUAGAAGAUCUGGCGCGACUCUCCGAGGAUAAGGACUCAGCUGAUAUCGUGUUUCUCUUGGGGAGGGACGAGACCCCGGUUUAUGCCCACAGAAUAAUACUUCAAGCAAGAUGCAAGAAUUUCACGGCUGCCAAAAGAAUCGGCACACCCACUAAUCCGACGCCGGUGCGAAUGCCGCACGCACAUCCGGAAACAUUUCGUCAAUUUAUUCGCUAUAUUUACACCGGCAUGAUAAUAUUACAAGAUAGCGGAAUUUUCGAAAUGUUAGGAUUAGCGCAAGAACUUGGAAUCGAGGAACUUUGGAGAAGUUGCGAGGACCACGUGUCUUCCACUUUAAGUCCCGCAAAUGCGUGUGCACUCUUAAGCGCCGCUUUGGAAGCUCAGGAACGAGUUCCAGGAGGAAAAGCUGCUUGUUCAUCUUUUAUUGAGAAAUGCUUUGCUUUUAUUGGUGAGAAUGCUAUGGACACAGUAAAGACAACAGCAUUUUGCAAUUUGCCAAAGGAUGCUUUGGUAAAAUUGAUAUCGUCAGACUACCUUAAUCUAGAAGAAGAGGAUGUAUGGCGAGCUGUCCUCAAUUGGGCAAAGUAUCAGGCAGGAGUUACGCAGCCUACACAGCACUGGACUGAGGAGGAGCGUGUGAGGGUGUGUCAGCAUUUGUCUGGUGUGAUAAAUCAUGUGCGGCUGCUACUUAUUGAUAGCCAGGUAUUUGCAGAGGAAGUAGAGCCAACAGGAGCAGUGCCGAUAGAGAUGUCAUUGGAGAGGUAUAGAUAUGCGGCCUUACCGAGCAAAUACUCAGAAAUCUGUUCUGACAAACGACUGCAACCACGAGUGAAUUCGUGUCUGUUCUUUCCGGGCUCGCAAAUUCUCUCCAGGGACAAAAUUGGUUUCCAAAGAAUCUUGAAUCAGUGGUACGGUGUGCCCAAACAAAGCUGGCGGUUGCUUUAUCGAGCAUCUUCUCAUGGCUAUUCAGCGGCAUCUUUUCAUCGGCAUUGUGACAAUGCUUCUCCAACAUUUGUGAUAUUAAUGGGAAUGCGUGGCGAAAUAUGUGGAGGAUUUAGCGACGUUUCAUGGGGUAAGACACACUCCAAGGUGCAAUACGUUUCUUCAGAGAGGAGUUUUCUUUUUACGUUAGCGAAUACUAAAGACAUACCACCGACGAAGUUCGACAUAAUAAAGAAAUCAUUUGCAAUCUGUCCCCAUCCAGACAUAGGGCCGAUUUUUGGUGCCGGAGCUGAUUUGCUUAUAUCGAACAACUGCAAUGUGAAUAAGGAUAGUUACACUAAUCUUCCACAUUCUUAUGAUGGAGAACACGCGUCCAGUACACUACUCAUGAGCGAUUAUCAUUUUUCAGUAGUCGAUUAUGAAGUUUUUACUCCAAGUCAUCCUGUUCCUAAAUCCAAUCAUUAAGUUAAUUGCCACAAUAUAUCUGACAAAAAUACGUGAUUCUUUUUAUAUUUAUAAAUUAUUAAUAUUAUUAAUAUCAUAUUGAUUACACGUUUAUUCA